AUGAUCCUGGGAGCUGGAGCUGCGUUACCGAGACACUUCCAUUUAGGAUCUUACCAAGAAACUGAAUCUUGCUAACAAAAACCACAAUCAGGAACUGGCAGCUGAAGUUAAUCGGUGCAAAGAAAUGAAAAGUCAAGUAUCUCAGCUGCAAGAAGAAUGUGAAAAUCUUCGAGCAUCGUUAAAGGAUAAAGAACGUGAACUGGACAGAUGAAUAUCUACAGUAAUUCCUUGAUUUUAGCCGAACGUCGCAGUAACUCGGUCACCACAAAUUCUACACCAACCCAUCACAAACAAAAGGGAAUCAAGUCCAAAGAAGUAUCGCACAAAAUGGGCAAAAAAGCCAAGUCACUGUCACCAAUACCACGUGACGACGGUGAGGAGUUUGAUAAGGAAGAUGAGCAUUCUUCUUCAACUUCAUCCACCCAGAAACUUUCCUCAUCAAGAAGAGAUGAAGAUCUUAAAUCCAAUGUAGAGAUUGCUAAACAGGUCAAGGAUGUGCAGCGUGAUAACCGUUACUGUAAAACACCACAAGAAACUGAGAAGUCUGCUGAUGUUGAUGCUAAUGUGAAGUUGAAUGACUUUACACCGUUGUUAUUAAAGAACGACUUGAAAGAAACAAUUUUCCAGACCAAUUACCACGAACUUGCAGACAAAAACAACCAGGAUAGUCCUUCGUUAGCUGCCGUCUCUCAUUCCUCAGGAAUCGAAAAUAAGAACGGAAAGAAGCAACAAACAGAAGUUGAAAAUGUUCCAGAAUUUCCCGUUUUAGACUUAACAAAUCCUCCAAGAUCCAUGAACCGAGAAGACGAAAGCAAUGAAGCAUUCCAUUCACCACUCUACAUGAAAGAAACAGUUGUUUCUCGUGUGACAAAUAAAGAUGUGUUGGAAGAUAAUUAUCCAAAUAAAAGUAACACAAGCUUUGAACAUCCACCGACAUCCCAACAGGAAGCAUCAAGUGGACAUUUUCAGACAGGGUUAGACCAAAAUAAGAAACAAAAGCUUUUGGCUAAACUUACGGAAAUUGACAAAAAUUAUAAUCCUUUUUCAGGAUCUUCAACUUCUGCGUAUUCUGUACGUAGCAGGGAAAAGUUAGUUGUUAGUGGGACAGCCAGUGCUAAUCAACCAACGUUCCUGCCAUCUGUCCAAAGAUCUAACAGUCGAAGGCUUUCGGAAGGCUCGGCUACGGAUAUCAGUUUUGGUUCCUACAAACCAUCUUUUGGCUUUGGAACAGCAUUCCUGAGUAAACCUUCCAGCAGCAUUGUCAGUACUGAUAAAUCUUCUGAUCAUUUAAGGAACAAGAAGAAAGCAGAAUUGAUGGCUUCACUAUUUAGCACAGAAUCAAAGAUUCAGCCUGCUACUCACCCCACGGAAUUGUCAAAUAAGAUUAAAGAGCAUAGCUUUGACGAUGGGUACGAUAAGAACUUGGAUGAUAAACGAUUUAAUCCUACUCAAUAUUUUAAAGGCCACUUUUCAACAGGAAGUAGUCUGUCUGUACCAGUUCUCUCUGUACCUCCUGAUACAGAAACAAAGAACUUUGGCAAGCAACUUCAAGCUUCUCCAAUAUCACAUUCUUUCAAAAAUACACAACAUUGGAAUCAGAAUAGCGACUUUUUAUCUAGUUCCAAACAUCUGUCUCUUAAUCAUCGUACAAAUAUCUCUAGAAUUUCUCCCAAUACAGAAGGAUUAGAAGAGUUGCUGAUGUAACUAUGGUUAUUUUAUCCAGUGAUGUUUUUGCUGUAACUAUG